AGCGGAGCGGCUGCGGUGCCUGAGAGCAGAAGAGCCCUGGCUCCUGCGCUUCCUCUGCGGCCAUGACCUCCGCUCCGCUGCCGCCACCGCCGCUCUUCUCGGCCGCCGAGGUGCAGCGGCGCUGCGCGGCCGGAGCCUGCUGGGUGCGGCGCGGCGCGCGCCUCUACGACCUCACGGGCUUCGUGCGGCGCCACCCCGGGGGCGAGCAGCUGCUGCGGGCGCGCGCCGGCCGCGACGUGAGCGCCGACCUGGACGGGCCGCCGCACCGGCACUCGGACAACGCGCGCCGCUGGCUGGAGCAGUACUACGUGGGCGAGCUGCGCGGCCCCACGCAGGAUCCUCAGGAGAAUGGAACUGUCACCCAUGCCAAUGCCCAGGAUGCAAAUCCUAACAUGGAUUCAAAGUGCAAAUCAGUGGAUUUUGAAAAGGACCUGGUUGACUGGCAAAAACCUUUGCUGUGGCAGGUGGGCCACCUGGGAGAGAAGUAUGAUGAGUGGGUGCACCAACCUGUGGAUAGACCUCUCCGCCUCUUCCACUCAGAUUUCCUAGAAGCUUGCUCCAAGACUUCUUGGUAUGUUGUUCUUGCUGUCUGGUUCCCAUUGGUGAUGUACCUCAGCUGGUUCUACUUCAGAGCCCUCACUCGGGACAACGUCCGACUCUUCUUAUCAUUCACCACAGAAUACGCCAUCCCCAUGCCCAAGUACGUAUUCCCAUUUUUCUUCGGUGUUGGGAUAUUGUUAUGGAGUGCCAUAGAGUAUGCCCUCCACCGCUUCCUGUUUCACAUGAAGCCACCUGCUAGCAGCUAUUACCUCAUCAUGUUCCACUUCCUCAUCCAUGGCCAGCACCAUAAGUCCCCAUAUGAUGGCUCCCGCCUGGUCUUCCCCCCGGUGCCCGCUUCCCUGAUAAUUGGCUUAACAUACGUGUCGCUCCGCCUCCUCCUACCUGAGACCAUCGCGGGCAUCAUCUUCACGGGCGGCCUCCUUGGCUACAUCAUCUAUGACAUGAUGCAUUACUACCUGCACUAUGGGUCACCAUCCAAGGGCACCUACCUAUACAAGAUGAAGGCCUACCAUGUCAAACACCACUUUGAACACCAAAAGUCAGGGUUUGGCAUCUCCUCCAAGAUCUGGGACAUAUACUUCCACACUCUCAUUCCAGAGACCUCGGAGAAGGAGCAGUAACACCUUCUCAGCCCCACUCCCCCUGCUUUUUUCUUCCAGGUGCCACCCUUCCCUCCUUCUUGGCUAACACUUCCUCCCCUCACCCUUUAUCUGGUGUCCCCUACAGGAUGCCUGGCGCUGGUGGGUCAGGCCCACUGGCCCAUUGAGAGGUGGUUGUGAUUCCCCGAAGAUAAGAGGGACCAAUGCCUUCCUAACAAGUCCCAGAAAAGUGCAGCAAUUGUUCUCAUGACUCCCAGGAACUGAGAAACUCCACCUCACCCGUGGAAUGCCCUCCUGGAAGCCUGCCCACCUGAGACGCCUUGUGAUAUUGACAGUCCCACCGGCUCAGUGUGGCCUCAGGCCUGUAGCAGGAGUUAAGAGCCCUGAGUCCAAAGGGCUGCAGCCCUAGAGAGGAGUGAAAGAAACAGAUGCUAUGGAAAAGGGAGUGAAGAGCUGCCCAGCAGAAGGUGAAUCCCUCUAAAGCCUGAAGUGCCUUGUACUCCCUUGGAAGAGACCCCUGAUGAUGUCCAUGGUGGAGGCCUCCACACAGCCAGAGCCAGAUUAGCUGGCAGCUCCUCCCAUCUCCCUUAUUCUCUCCUGGAGAAUAUCUCUCAACACCCCUCAGGUCAAGGGGCAAGCUGGUCCAACCAGUCUUUUGCUUCAGGGAGAUGGCCGAGCAAGGCCUGAAGUAUAUGAAGGGGUCUCAGUCAUCACCCGUGUUCUUCUGUGGAUGACUCCCUCAGUGCCUGGGUCUGAGGCUGGCUCAGAUACCAACCACAAGUGCCAAUUAUCAAGCCAAAUAAGUGCCUCCUGGACCGACGGCCCUCUGGCCUGGCUGGCAUCCAGGAAAAGCCUGGGUACCAUCCAUACGUGCCCUUAAGCUGGGCUUCUGAUCCCCAAACCUGCCUCUUCAGAAGCAGGGGAUGGUCCAGUGAGAGUCCACAGGUGCCAGUCCUCAGCUAGAAGUCAGGCCAAAGCCAUCACCCUUUUCCCAACUCCCCUGACACUCUAUCAUGAGAAGUCAUGCCUUAUCCUCUGUCGAAGAGCCCUGGCCAGCUGGGUGGCAGAUAUUACCACAGUCCUGUUGGCAAAGUGACCAAGGUGCCUUCUUUCCUCAUCUCCUCUUUCCCCAGACAAAUCUAGCAUCUUUCAAUAGUCCCAUCACUCCAUGUUCCUAAUGCCUCAGUGCCUUCCCAGCUCUUCCCAACAAUUACUAUCAUCCAAGUGUGCUGAGAUGGGUUGCCAUGUGAAUUGGCAUCUUGGGGCCUUCAUCUUCCCUUCCCCCAGCUCCCAGUUUCCCCCCAACCCAACCUGACUGUCCUCCCUCUGUCCCCUGCUUCAGGCCCAUGACAUGAAGCACCCUACUCUUGCUCCUAACCAAAUCCCCUCACUGCAUUAAAGUGGGUCUUAUUUAUAAGCCAUUGGAAAUUCUCCUAGCUUGGCCCUGCACCAAGUUCGGGUUUCACAUGCUGCCUCUCCUAACCCCAGGUGUGGAUCCCGUGUAAGUUUUGUUCUUGAUAUUGGUUUUUUUCCUAUUCCCAUCCUCAGACAGUUAGUUCUUGAAAGUUUAAAAGAAAAAUCCGAUGGGUAUCAAAAGAUGUGGUUUGGGCUGAUCUUGUGAUUUCUAAUGUUUACCAUGGAGAUAUUUAAAGGUUUUGGAAGAAGUCUAUAGAGCCAUAGUUGUGAAAUAAAGAUGUAAAUAUUGUUUAUUUUGAAAAAAUAAAACUGAAAAAGCCUCAAAUCAAACAACAAAAGCGUAAUUAUUAUCUGUCAGAGCUACGGGUGAGCUGGGGACAGAAUUCCCUUGGCAGGCUGACUCAUGCAGUCUCUGUGUCCCAAUCCAGCUGGCUUCCCUGGAGGGGAAGAAGGAAAAAGACAUGGGAAGGAAUUUCCCAUGGUGGAAAUGGGAAAAUUCAAAAGUGAGUUUGGAGUUUGGCAUAGGUAAGGAGGCAGAAGAGCAUUUCCUUUUCCUAACCGUGCUCCGGUGGUGACCUUCAGCCCAGUUCCCCAUCUUGACCUUGAGCUGGAGCCCCCUUGAGUUGCCCACCCAAAAACCAUUCCCCCUUAGCAUUGGGUACCACCUGGGCACUACAGAAACAAGAACAGUAAGCAAUGAAAUACUGAAUACAAGGAGGUUGUGGAGGAUCUCUGAAAUCAGAGCCCCUGACCAAAGGAAGGAAGCUAGCAGGUAGCAACCUGAUGAAGAAACUCCUUCCAAAUGGGCAAAUUCCAAAAAAGGGCAACAUAAAGGGAAGACUUCAGUGGGAAAUUGAAAAUGCUAUUUUCUCCCACUGUCUUAACAGUCUAGUAAGGUGGUGUGCCAGUCAUGUUGAAAAAGGUGAUCAUUGGAAAAUGAUUACAAUAUAGAAA